UUUAAAGCAUUUUAAAGUUCACUACUCUCUUCUCAGCUUAUUUUCUCUCCUGAUCACUUCACUGCACUCACAUGAAACUGGGAGCUUAAUUAAGUGUUCUUCUUUUUCUGGGUUCCUCUCUUUCUCAUCUAUCUUCAGGAAAAUUCUGAGGCUUGAAUCAUGGCUGAGGAGCUGGAUAAACCAUUGCUGGCUCCCGAAAACUUCAACCGAGAUGGGAUUGACUUGGAACGUUUGCCACUUGAGGAAGUGUUUCAACAGCUGAAAACUUCGCCACAAGGACUUUCAUCGGAAGAUGCUGAAGUUCGGUUGACUAUUUUUGGCCCGAACAAACUUGAAGAGAAGCCUGAAAACAAGUUCUUGAAGUUUCUCGGUUUUAUGUGGAAUCCCUUAUCAUGGGUUAUGGAAGCUGCAGCUAUAAUGGCAAUUGCCCUUGCUAAUGGUGGUGGGCAAGGUCCAGAUUGGCAGGAUUUUGUAGGGAUUGUUAUUCUGCUGAUAAUUAAUUCAACAAUUAGUUUUAUAGAGGAAAAUAAUGCUGGGAAUGCUGCAGCUGCACUUAUGGCACGUUUGGCUCCAAAAACAAAGGUCCUCAGAGAUGGACAAUGGAAAGAGCAAGAAGCAGCUGUUUUGGUACCGGGAGAUAUUGUUAGCAUUAAACUUGGGGAUAUCAUCCCUGCUGAUGCUAGACUGCUCGAAGGAGAUCCCUUAAAAAUUGAUCAGUCAGCUCUUACUGGAGAAUCCCUUCCUGUCACCAAAAAGACAGGUGACGAAGUAUUUUCUGGUUCAACAUGUAAGCAUGGUGAAAUUGAAGCUGUAGUCAUAGCAACUGGAGUAAACACCUUCUUUGGAAAAGCAGCACAUCUAGUGGAUUCCACCGAAGUUGUCGGACAUUUCCAGAAGGUUCUUACUGCCAUUGGGAACUUCUGCAUUUGUUCUAUAGCAGUAGGCAUGGUUCUUGAAAUUAUUAUCAUGUACCCAGUUCAGCGUCGUUCAUAUAGAGAUGGGAUCAACAAUCUCCUUGUUCUCUUGAUUGGAGGAAUACCUAUAGCUAUGCCAACAGUGUUGUCUGUUACACUCGCCAUUGGUUCUCAUCGUCUUUCUCAACAGGGUGCUAUCACGAAGAGGAUGACUGCAAUUGAAGAAAUGGCAGGAAUGGACGUUCUUUGCAGUGACAAAACUGGAACUCUCACCUUGAAUCGCCUCACUGUUGAUCGAAACCUCAUCGAGGUUUUUAACAAGGAAAUGGACAAAGAAAUGAUAGUAUUGCUUGCAGCAAGAGCAUCCAGACUUGAGAAUCAGGAUGCUAUUGAUGCAGCCAUUGUUAACAUGCUUGCUGAUCCAAAAGAGGCACGCGCGAACAUUAAGGAAGUGCAUUUUCUGCCUUUCAAUCCAGUGGACAAACGUACUGCAAUUACAUACAUUGAUUCUAACAAUAACUGGUAUCGUGCCACCAAAGGAGCUCCUGAACAGAUACUAAAUCUAUCCAAAGAGAAAGAUCGGAUUGCUCAAAGGGUUCAUGCUGUCAUUGACAAGUUCGCAGAAAGAGGCUUGCGGUCACUUGGAGUUGCAAUGCAGGAAGUACCUGAAAAGAGUAAGGAAAGUCCUGGAGGUCCUUGGACAUUUUGUGGGUUGUUGCCCUUGUUUGAUCCUCCAAGACAUGAUAGUGCUGAGACCAUCCGCCGCGCACUUAACCUUGGGGUUAAUGUUAAGAUGAUUACAGGUGAUCAGCUUGCAAUUGCAAAGGAAACAGGAAGGCGACUGGGAAUGGGAACAAACAUGUAUCCUUCUUCAUCGCUGUUAGGCCGGGAAAAGAGUGAAACUGAAGCUCUUCCAGUGGAUGAGCUCAUUGAGAAGGCAGAUGGCUUUGCUGGCGUAUUUCCUGAACAUAAAUACGAAAUUGUUAGAAUCCUACAAGAAAGGCAGCAUGUGGUCGGGAUGACUGGGGAUGGUGUGAAUGAUGCUCCUGCCUUGAAGAAAGCAGAUAUUGGUAUAGCAGUGGCAGAUUCUACGGAUGCUGCAAGAAGUGCUUCUGAUAUAGUCUUAACUGAGCCUGGCUUAAGUGUGAUCGUCAGUGCUGUCUUAACUAGCAGAGCUAUAUUCCAAAGAAUGAAGAACUAUACGAUAUAUGCCGUCUCCAUUACCAUUCGUAUUGUGCUUGGAUUUAUGCUUUUAGCCUUAAUAUGGGAAUUCGACUUCCCACCUUUCAUGGUUCUGAUUAUAGCAAUUCUUAACGAUGGGACUAUCAUGACUAUUUCCCAAGAUCGAGUUAAGCCAUCGCCAAUGCCAGACAGUUGGAAGCUACCUGAAAUCUUUGCAACUGGAGUUGUCAUUGGGACAUAUUUAGCCUUAAUUACUGUCCUGUUCUACUGGGCUGUGACUAGCACUAAUUUCUUUGAGAGAACCUUCCAAGUGAGAAAUAUAGCAGAUAACAAAGAAGAAGUUGCUGCUGCUGUAUAUCUGCAUGUCAGCAUCAUCAGCCAGGCUCUCAUUUUCGUUACGCGUAGUCAGAGUUUUUCGUUCUUGGAGAGGCCUGGAGUUCUCUUGAUGUGUGCAUUUGUGGUGGCUCAACUGGUGGCAACCAUAAUUGCAGUCUAUGCACAUAUUGGGUUUGCUGAUUUUAGUGGCAUUGGGUGGGGAUGGGCUGGUGUUAUAUGGUUGUACAGUUUAAUCUUCUACGUACCCCUGGAUUUUAUCAAGUUUGCAGUUCGUUACGCCUUGAGCGGACAGCCAUGGAGUCUUGUAUUUGACAGAAAGACUGCUUUCACUUCAAAGAAAGAUUAUGGAAAGGAAGAUAGGGAAGCUAAGUGGGUUCGUUCUCAGAGAAGUCUACAAGGCUUGGAGGAUGCCCACCAGGAAGUACCCAACAAUAAGAGAUCCAGAUCUACUUUGAUUGCUGAACAGGCCAGGCGGCGCGCUGAAAUCGCCAGGCUUGGCGAGAUUCAUACCUUGAGAGGACAUGUUGAAUCAGUAGUGAGGCUUAAGAAUUUGGACUUGAAUGUGAUCCAAGGGGCUCAUACAGUCUAAACCCACAACAUAAAUAAACAUUGUAUCUUCCAAUUUUCUAGUGGAAGCAAAACCUGGCAGCAGCAUCUUCGAAGAUAAAUUACAAGUUUAAUCUGCCAAAAGAAUUAAAAUUUGUUAUUCGACAGUCCUUUGGAAUGGCAUUGGUGAUUAAAUUCUUUUGAGCUUCAAGAGUCAAAGGAGUUACUCUCAAGAGAGUAUAAACUCAUGGUGUUUCAUAGUUUGUAUUGCAUGCAAUUGGCUUUUCUUUUUUCCUCAUCCGGAUAGGGGGACUAUUUGUUUCGAGAUUUGGAGAUUCUUGUUCUUUUUAAGUUGCAAAGAUUUUCGUGUAAGAAUUUGGUAAAUUCCAAUGUAAUAAAAUUACUUGACAUAGUUAAUUUUUCA